GGGCGGGGCUCCCCGGGUGUCCUACCGGGUGGUCGCGCCCGGUGCAGUUGCUUUCAGUCAGUGGAGCAGCUCAGCCAGUAGUCCCGCAUCCCAGCGUCAGCCGCCGUCCCCGGUCCGGUCUCCCGUCCCAGCGCAGCCGCGGCGUCCCUGCCGCAGCCAUGUCCAAGGACACGCGGGCCGGGCAGGAGGAGAUCCUGGAGUGCCAGGUGAUGUGGGAGCCUGACAGCAAGAAGAACACGCAGAUGGACAGCUUCCGGGCGGCCGCGGGCGCCGUCUGCGGCCUGGCCCUGGAAAAUUAUGAUGACUUAUAUCAUUGGUCAGUUGAGUCAUAUUCCGACUUCUGGGCAGAGUUCUGGAAAUUCAGCAGAAUUGUCUUCUCACGCAUGUAUGAUGAGGUUGUGGACACAUCCAAAGGGAUAUCGGAUGUCCCCGAGUGGUUCAAAGGCAGUCGCCUCAACUAUGCAGAAAACCUCCUGCAACACAAGGAGAACGACAGGGUGGCCCUUUACGUGGCAAGGGAAGGCAAGGAAGAAAUCUUGAAGGUGACCUUUGAAGAGUUAUGGCAACAGGUGGCUUUGUUUGCAGCAGCAAUGAGGAAAAUGGGUGUGAAGAAAGGCGACCGGGUCGUUGGCUAUUUACCCAACAGCAUGCACGCCGUGGAGGCCAUGCUGGCGGCCGCAAGCAUUGGUGCCAUCUGGAGUUCCACGUCACCAGACUUCGGUGUGAAUGGUGUUUUGGACCGAUUUUCACAGAUUCAGCCGAAGCUCAUCUUCUCUGUGGAGGCCGUCAUGUACAACGGCAAAGAACACGGCCACAUGGACAAGCUGCAGCAGGUCGUGAAAGGGCUACCAGACCUGGAAAAAGUGGUGGUGAUUCCCCAUAUCUCCUCCAGAGAGAAGAUAGACAUUUCGAAGAUGCCAAAUAGUGUGUUCCUGGAGGAUUUCCUGGCCACUGGGAAAGGCGAGCAAGCGCCCCAACUUGAGUUCGAGCAGCUGCCGUUCAGCCACCCGCUCUUCAUCAUGUUUUCGUCUGGCACGACGGGGGCGCCCAAGUGCAUGGUGCAUUCUGCUGGGGGGACCCUCAUCCAGCACCUGAAGGAACACAUUCUUCACGGCAACAUGACCAGCAGUGACAUCAUCUUCUAUUACACCACGGUCGGCUGGAUGAUGUGGAACUGGGUGGUGUCCGCUCUCGCCACCGGGGCGGCUGUGGUCCUGUAUGAUGGCUCCCCCCUGGUGCCAACGCCCAACGUGCUCUGGGACCUGGUGGACAGGAUUGGCAUCACCAUCCUUGGGACGAGUGCCAAGUGGCUGUCGGUGCUUGAAGAGAAAAACAUGAAGCCAGUGGAAACCCAUAGUCUCCAGACGCUGCACACGAUUCUGUCCACUGGUUCCCCGCUGAAGGCCCAGAGCUACGAGUACGUGUACAGGUGCAUCAAGAGCAGCGUCCUCCUGGGCUCCAUCUCAGGUGGCACUGACAUCAUUUCCUGCUUCAUGGGCCAGAACCCUUCUGUUCCCGUGUACAAAGGGGAGAUCCAGGCCCGCAACCUGGGCAUGGCCGUGGAGGCGUGGAACGAGGAAGGCAAGGCAGUCUGGGGGGAGAGGGGGGAGCUGGUGUGCACCAAGCCGCUUCCCUGCCAGCCCACGCACUUCUGGAACGACAAGAAUGGCAGCAAGUACCGGAAGGCGUAUUUCUCCAAGUUCCCAGGUGUCUGGGCCCACGGUGACUACUGCAGAAUCAACCCCAAGACUGGGGGCAUCAUCAUGCUGGGCCGAAGUGACGGCACGCUCAACCCCAGUGGAGUGCGGUUCGGCAGUUCAGAGAUCUAUAACAUAGUGGAAGCCUUCGAGGAGGUGAUGGACAGCCUCUGUGUCCCCCAGUACAACAAGGACGGGGAGGAAAGAGUGAUUCUUUUCCUGAAGAUGGCUUCCGGCCACACCUUCCAGCCUGACCUGGUCAAGAGCAUCCGCAACGCCAUCCGCCUUGGCCUGUCCGCUCGGCACGUGCCCAGCCUCAUCCUGGAGACCAAGGACAUCCCGUACACCCUCAACGGCAAGAAGGUGGAAGUGGCCGUGAAGCAGAUCAUUGCCGGGAAAGCCGUGGAGCACCGGGGGGCCUUCUCAAACCCUGAGACCCUGGAUCUGUACCGGGACAUCCCGGAGCUGCAGGACUUCUGAGCUGGGCUGGCUGGCACAUCCCUCAGCUACAUGCGUCUGUAGUGUCACUUUUGUACACUCAGGAAAUUACUUAGACACCUAAGGCCCUUCAGGGUUUGUGGCGAGGAUCCUGAGGCCUGGGGAAGGACCAUGCUUUGUUCUGCAGCUCUGUCUGCCCGGCCCCAACGUCCCACCCUACCCCCCCACCCCCGCCCCGCACCCCUGCUGCCACCCACCAAGGAUCCAACAGGGAGGGUUUGGGUUGUAUGGGUGGAGGGCCUGAGUGUGUGUCUCUGCACACUUGCAGGAAAGAGCUGGGGCCGCCUGUGUGUGUGCACCGUCACGGCCGAUGCCCGGGUCUGCCCAGAGCUGGUGGGCGUCCUGGUGAUGGGGCACCCCUGUGUCACUUCGUACGGUGGCUCCAUUUCACUCUCUUAAGGCCCAGAUCUCUUUCUUCCCUUUAUGUUGGACCCCAAGCUCUGGCCGUGGUCCUUCAGGGCCCGUCCAUCUGCUGUGGCACGUUACCUGCCCCGGGGCCUAGGGUGACUUUACAACAUCCCACAGCUGACUGUCAGGGCCAUGGGCUGGCUGCUCUCCCACUGUGUGUCACCGACGGAAUCUGGGCAGUUCUUCAGGGAACCACAUGUCACAUUCCAACCAGACGGCGUGUCCCAGCACAGUUCCGGUUCUCUUUGGAGAACGAGUGGGUUUCACAUCUUAACAGGAUCUCUUUAUUUCAUGGACUUUGAGUGGUUUUAAAUUUUGUUAUUAUUAGUUAAGUGUGUGGUGCGUGGGCAUUUGGAGGCAUGGGUGAUCCCUGGGUCCCACUGAACCGAGCUGCUGGGCCUCAGGGAAUGUGGCCUCCCUUAGUCCUUGCCCGGGACCCACACGUGGACAGCAUGUCACCAGCAGCUCUAAGUUGGGUCAGGUUUGAUAGGUGGGUUUGUAUGUACUUUCUGAUUCAGCAUUUUAACAAAUUUCUGUCAUCAUAAUGUUCAUUUUUGUAUACAUUUUUAAAAACUGAGCACAGUGAAAAAAAAUUUUUAAACCCUUUUUCUUGUGGGUUAUCCAAACGAGGGGGUGAGUGCUAUGAGGUAUUUAAUGCAAUAAACAGAUACACAUAUAUACAUA